AUGACCUCUAUAACUUCUGUUAUAGAAGAUACUGAAAAUCCAAAUUCUCCUAGAUUUUUAUGCUAUUCUGAAGAAAAUCGGUCAGGUGUGUGCAGUUCACCAACAGAACAAUUGCUUAGUUAUGUUAUAUUUCGUUUAUAUAUGUUUAGUUUUGAGAAAUUGAAUAUAUUUAUGUUGGGAAUGAGAAAAUUAAAGAAAUCUGAAUAG